AUGUCUCUUGGUUUAACUCUUACAGAACAGCUCUGCAAGGCACGGGGCUAUAAUGAGGCGCACGCGAUCCCGGCUUCUCAACUUUGCCUUCUCGAAGGACACCGGGGUUUUAAAUCGCCUGGGCUAGAAUUACCAGGAAGGAAAAGAGAGAGAAAUGAAAUCCCAACUGUACCUGACGGCGUCUGGGAAUCCCUCGCCGGCACCGAUCAUAAUCCCCCUCCGCGCCUCUGGCCCCCCACACCAAAACUUUUCCGCUGCCGCCGCCGCUCCUCGGUUCUGACCGCCGCCCGCCGCUCCUGGCCAGCCCCUGGGGCCCGCUGCCCGCCGCCGCUCCGCUCCGGAGCGGCCCCCGCGUCUCCCUCCUCCCUUAGGAGGCAGCGGCAUCGUCCUCCCCCCUUCUCCUCCACCUCCUCCUACGGCGCGCAGCCCGCGGCUCUGGCAUCCCCAACGCACUUUCUCUCCUCGAUUCGCUCCUCUUUUCCCCGCCGCUCCUCCUUCUCCGGCAAAAAAGAAAUGAGAAGGGGCCACAGGGACGUUGCUUUCUUUUUCUUUCUUUUUUUUUUUUUUUUCUCUCUCUGUCUCUGUCCUCUAGAAAUGGUGCGAGGAUCACAUGAGACGCUGGCACGGAGACCCAGGACCCUUGGACGUCGGAGGAGGCAGCGGACACAUAGAUGGCACUCCAUUUGCAUUGCUUUAUUGAGGAGAAUGAGGAGAAGUAGUCAAAUUUCAUCAAAGUACUUCUGGAAAAAGAUCCAGAUGUCCAGGUUGCUGGGCUUAAGACUGAAGUCAGAACAUGUUUCUACUGGAAAAUAAAAAACCGAACAACUGUAAUAAGGAAUAAUGACUUCCUUAAACUAAGUGAAUAACUGAAUGAAUCAGCAGAUAACAACAAUCUGCAAAACAAGAAUAAACUGUUUCAUAUUAUAACAUUAAAACUCAUUUUCCUAUCCUUGGGAUCCCCUCUAAUGACAAUUGGUGAGCUAGCUAAAUAAAGUAGAUCCAAAGCCACAGUUCAGACCUUCAGACAUCACAGACCACAGCCUGCCUGUUGAUGUGCCUCAAAAGGCAACUUCUGUCUGACAGCAUUGCGUGAAAACACUGCUAAUCAUUUGCUCAGUGCUUUCACUAUUUGCAGAGCGCAUCCUGGACAAGCGGCAUCUCUCUUCCCCUCUUUGACUGCUUAGGUAAACUUACAAGGGCUAAAGUGAAAGCAACAGUGGUAUUUUUUGUUGUGGUAGAUUUUGUUGUUGUUGUUGUUUCGGUUUUUUUUUUUUUGUAGGAUAUCCAUUAAUUCAUAGUUUGAUUUGCUUUGGAUUUGAAGUCUGACUAUUGCCUCUUGGUACUUUAUGAGCUGUCUCAAAAAGGUGAAAGGAUAAGUGUCAAACUCUUGUACCAAGGACAGAAGGAGAAAACAGCUAGUACAAGGCAUAUGGUGUGGCAGGAACAGCUGCACUAAAAUUCUUUUUUUAUUUGGGAUUGAGUUGAUGAGAAAUAACUCAUACAGAGGGAAGGCAGAAGUCUGAAGAGGUAUCACAUUGUUGCAGCAAUGGCUUUUCUGGUUGAUUUUAAAUACCGGCCUGCACUACUCUUUUCAACAGUGUUUGCACCUGGGAAAACUGAAAAAAAAAUGCAUAAAUUCCAGGAAUAAGUUAGAAAUACAUUUAUAAAUUUAUUCUCUAGAACUGUUCUAGAAAGAAUCUGUAAAUGAAUGAUGAAGAAUCCACACAUUUAUAAAACUCAUAAAAAAUCCAUCUCUGUGUCCAGUGUAUUUUUAUGUUGGUUUUUCUGCUUUCUGAGUACAUUAUAUUUAUAAUCUCAUUAAAUAUAUUGUGGAUAAGAAUCUAAAUUUGUCUUUUGACAGUUUUUCUUCGAACAAUGCUUUGCAUCAUUAGCUGUGGUAAUUAUGAGUAGAGAAAUAUCAGUUCCUGGGCUUAGAGUCAAUUAAAAAGGGGAUCAGCUAUAAGAUACACAAGUUACAGGUGAAUGGAAAUAGUGAUUCUGGUCACCAUUUCUUUCACAACUGGUGACUCUGCUCUCAUGUUAAGUUCUCUUGAAGAAAGAAUGGAAUCAGCUCAGAAUUUCACUCUAGCAAAAGUUGUAUCUUGAACUUUACUCUGAACUUUUGAUCCACAAAGAUAAUGCUCUUCUUGCUGCUGCUGAACUCCUAAGCUGCGUGUAAUAUCUAGAGAGUUAUCUCUGCAUUUUCUUCUCAAGAGAAAAUUUUCUAUUGUGUGCCCAUUAGGAAAAAGAUAGGAUCUGAAAAAAUUAUUUCAGACAAAGCUUAGGAAUCAGUCACUCUGCUUAUCUACAUAUCCCUGGCUAUAACCUGACUAGUGGAAGAGAAGAAAAUUGCUUAAGUGCCUUUGAGGAUAUUGCUAUAAGACAGUAAUGUUGCUCCUUUUGGCAUAAUGACAUAGAUAAAAAGAGAUAGACAACAAAUAUCAACUUAUCAGAGACCUCAGGAGAGAUAGAUGCUUCAAUUCAACAUGUUUUUAUAAAUAAUUUCACCUGCCUUUUUCAGUUACCCUGUCUUAAUUAGCUCUAGUUACCUGUCUGAAAGGGUCUUCUAUGGAUCACCCUCAUGAACUCUGGUAGCAUGCAUUCAACAUUGUCAGAUAUUUGAGUAACUAAUAACACUGUAAUUUCAUGAUUGUGACCUCAAAAAUGUGGUGAAUUUCAGCUCACAAAAAUAAACUAGGGAUAGAUUUUACAGGUAUUUAAAACGUUGACUUCUGAAAGUUAUCUUCUGCUUCACUGCUUUUCUGUUCCUACACUGACGUGGAUUUCCUAAGAAAAUCCUUGAUCCUUAGAGAUCAGAUCACGUGAUCUCAUGAUGCAUAUCUCCUCUUCUCUCUAAGCCAAGAAAUUCUGAUCCACUUGUUGGUGUCAGUUUAUACUCAGGACAGUUGCUUUACUGUGUUUUUUCAAAUGAGUUCUCACUUUACUUUGGGAUAACUAAAUAAUAAA